AUGGGUGCUCAAUUAUCGCUAUCUGCCCAAACUUCACCGUCUAUUGCAAUCUUCUCCUAUGUCGAUGUUUUGGACGAAGUCCAUUAUCUGUCGCAGCUAAACUCAUCGGGAUUUCUCAAAACAUGUAGAGCAUUAGACCCCAAUGGUAAAAUAAUAAUCAAAGUGUUUAUCAAGCCUAGUGAAGAGUACGAUUUGAAAGAGAUUAAAAGGCUCAUAGAUGCAGAGGCCAGUUCACUUGCAACGCUACCAACUGCGUUGAAUUACAGUAAAGUUGUCGAAUCAAGCAGGGCGGGAUACCUGAUACGACAACACUUGAAGAGUAACCUCUACGACAGACUCAGCUAUAGACCAUACCUAUCUGAAAUUGAGAUGAAAUUUAUGGUGUUCCAGCUAUUACAGGCUCUAAAGGAUGUUCAUGAUUUAAACAUUACCCAUGGCGAUAUUAAGACCGAGAAUAUAUUAGUGCUUAGUUGGGACUGGCUUGUACUGACAGAUUUUUCCUCCAACAUCAAACCAACAUAUCUACCGGAAGAUAAUCCCGGUGAAUUUUCAUUUUAUUUCGAUACAUCCAAAAGAAGAACAUGUUACUUGGCAACUGAAAGAUUUGAUACAAAAUUGCACGAAAAAACAAGAGGUUCCUCUGGAAAGACCACAAAGGAGAUGGACAUUUUUAGUUUGGGAUGUUGUAUAGCUGAAAUUUACGCCGAGGGCCGUCCGUUAUUCAAUCUUUCACAACUUUUCAAGUAUAAAAACAAUGAUUACGAUGUUGUCAGUUAUUUGAUGGAAGAAAUCGGAAAUGAAUCACUGAAAAAUAUGAUUAUGGACAUGAUCAACAUUAUUCCCAAGAAGAGAUUAUCAUGCAGGCAACUUCUGGAAAAGUAUAGAGGAUCAUUUUUCCCAGAAUAUUUUUACACUUUCACAUACGAGUACUUCAGAACUUUAGCCACAAUGGGAACAAGCGUCCCCAUCACCGGAUCAAUAUGUGCAAACACAAUAUUAGAGGAUCAGGUCAAUGUAAUUGAUGAAUGCUGCCGCAAGCUGUAUGACGAUUUUGGCAAGAUAUGUCAAGAGCUAAAAUAUCGACUAAACUUAAGACAAUCCGAUUCAUCUAAUGAGUCAGAUAAUAAUGAAAAUUAUGUCAAGAACUCAAUCAAACUAUCUAAUCUGGGAGAGUUGGAGCUCAAAAGUAACGACAGCAACGAGCAAGCUGUUAGAGAAGAAUGUGCAUUGUUGUUUAUCUCUUUUCUUUCACAUGGUCUUCGAAGCUUGACAUCAAGUGAUACUAAACUCCGAUGUCUCGAGUUGCUAGUGGCCUUUGCCCAAUACGUGUCAGAUGAAAACAAAGUUGAUAGGGUUGUACCAUACCUGGUCGCUUCCUUUGAUGAUGAAUUUCCCAAUGUUCAAGCAACCGCUAUCCAAGCUCUCGCCCAAGUACUCUUUAUGACCGAGAAUAUCAAUCCCAUCAACGAAAAUCUCUUCGUUGACUACCUAUUGCCUCGGAUCAAGAAGACUCUAUUACAAAGUAAGCAGAACAGCUAUGUUCGAAUGGUUAUCGCUAAUUGCCUAGGAAAUUUGGUGACUGUGGCCAUACGUUUUCAAGAGGUUGCGUAUCUCAGUAGUUCUCUUAAUCCGGCUGAAGCUGUAACAAAAGGGAUGGAUAGCCUAGAAAUUACCAGUAAGCACAACAGGCGACUUUUACAACAAGUGGAGGCUCUCGCCGUUACGCUUCUCAUAGACAGUGACACAUGCGUAAAGAUGGCUCUUCUAAAUAACAUUUUGGUUCUGUGCAAGUUUUUUGGUCGAGAGAGAACUAACGAUGUUGUUUUGAGCCAUUUGAUUACCUAUUUGAACGAUAAAGAUCCGUCUUUGCGUAUUAAGCUGGUUCAGACGAUAGCGGGUAUCGCAGUGCUUUUGGGUCCAAUAACGCUGGAGCAGUACAUUCUUCCGCUAUUGACACAAACAAUAAAUGACUCUGAGGAGCUCGUUGUUGUCAGCGUGCUCCAAAGCUUGAAAAACUUGUGCAGAACUGGGUUGAUUCAAAAGAAGUUCUUCUAUGACAUCUGCACAAGUGUCAAUUCUCUCAUAUUGCAUCCCAACGUUUGGAUAAGACAGUUUUCUAUGCUAUUGAUCGUUGAGAUCUCCAAUAAUCUCUCUAAAGCAGAAGUUUAUUGCGUUUUGUAUCCCAUCGUGCGGCCCUUCUUUGAGUUUGAUGUCGAAUUUACGCAUGAUCUGAUGCUUUCAAGUUGCAAACAGCCAGUGUCAAGGACCGUUUACAAUCUACUCUGUAGUUGGUCCUUGAGAGCAUCAAAAUCCUUAUUUUGGCAGCAAGUCCCAAGCAAUCAUGUCGAUGCGUUUGGUAACAGUAAUAUCACCCUCAUCACCAAAAAUUAUUCCAAAAAGAACUAUGGUUUUGGUGGUCUUAGCGCAUCAAAGGCUGUCGUUUUGUCUCCUAAUAAUGAAGAGAUUCCACUGACCAUCGAAGAUAAAAAUUGGAUCGAUAAGUUCAAAAGUGUCGGUCUGGCAGAAGGUGAUUUAUGGAAAUUAGCUGCUCUACGGGGUUAUAUUCUGAGAACGGCAAAGUUGAUAUCAAGGAAGAAUGAAAUUAUGAUGAGUGAGGAGAAUGACAAUGCUAAGAGCUACGGACAAUCUACCAUAUCACUUCCGAAUGUCAUGCCAAAAAACGUAUUCUUUGACAUUGACUUUAGUAAUGAACCAGACAAGAACCAAAUAAUGAACACAGACAGCGUAAGAACCAGUUCCAAAGGAAAGCUACAAGGACACUUAAAUUCUCUUCCAAGUGUGAAAGACAUGAAUGGCUCUUUGCUGUUCACUACUAAAGCAGCUGCCACAACAACCCCCAACUUGGAGAAUAUUUAUGUUCACUUGGACUUUUCAACCCAGCACAAAAAUACGCCAACAAAAGUAUCAAUGGAUAAUAACGACGGAGCCAAGUUCACAGUGAACAAUAGUUACGAGGGUGAUGUCUCCACUAUCAAAACUUUCCUUCAUCAAAUCAAAAUUCUUCCCCCAAUGCGAGAAUAUAAAGAAUUUGGUCCAACCAUAAGUGAUACUCAACACACAAAAAUCACACAUAGUCCUCGGGGUACAUUAGUAACCGCACUUAAUGAAAAUUAUCCUGUCGCUGUGACGGGUAUGGCAGUUUCAAGCGGACCUGUUCCCUACAUGGUUACUGGAUCUGUUCAGGGACAGUUGAAACUUUGGAACAUAGCGGAAAUAGCCUCUGGAGAGAUAUACUCGUCGUCCUUAAACUAUGAUCUCUCAUCAACGAUAACAAGCAUCACGAUGUUGGAUGGAUAUGAUGCGUUUUGCGUUUCCACCAAAGACGGUAGAAUAUCUGUGUUAAGAUCCUUGUAUCAAUUUGAUGAUAAUCAGUUAGUAUUUACCGCUCUCCAACCAGUCAGAAAGAUCAGAAUUAAACAGUCUUCAAAGAGGGAAACAUUUGCUACCUGCCUAAAGUCAGUGGUCACAGAAAACACUUCGAUAUUAGUGGCAUUGACGAACACUUCUGACGUCAUAAUUUAUGAUAUUAGAACCAUGGAUCUCCUGCAAAAAAUUGAAAGUCCUCCUAGCCAUGGAGCCGUUACGAGCUUCUGUGUAAGUGAGAAGGGCUCUGUGCUGAUCAUAGGGACGACUAAGGGUGUAAUCGACGUUUGGGAUCUGAGAUUCCACGUCCUCAUAUCAACCUGGACAUUCGGGGACCAUACUCCAAUCAGUCAUUUAGAAGAGUGUGAGGCCCUCGGCAAAAACGUGAUUGCAGUUGUAGGAGGCUUUUCGGGCGCUACUUUGUCUAUCUGGAAUUACUGCAAGAUUCGAUGCCAACAAGCGCUUAUCAAUUCAGAUGAACAGCCCUCCAUAGAGAAUUUCAUUCCUCAUAAGAAACUGCAAGAUCAACAAAAAUUUGGCGAAGUAAGUACUUCAGAAACGAUUAGAUCUAUCUACAUCAUCGGAGAGAAAGUCUUUUUGUCGAGCGAGGAGACUAAUGAUCUCUUCAUGUUAAAUGUGAAAAAUUUAGCGUCCUCAUCGGUAUUAAUUGGACCUAAUAGCAGGUCGAGUUCCGUUGUUCCUAUUCAGGUGACAGCAAAUCUAACCUAUUUGCUCCUAAGACGCGGUCCCAGUUCAUUGGGAUCAAAUGACACAGAACAUUGUAAUGACAGUGUCAACUGCAUCGCUUCAAUAAAUGUCGAUAAUGCUGCUUUACUCAUCACAUCGGAUAAUUCCGGAACCAUUGGUGUCUUUAGUUAG